AUGACCAGCGGGGAACUAAUUUUCCCGUCUGAGAACCAGAGCCCUCAGCCCAACUCCUCCGGGGACCCCCUGCAGGUGAGAGGGGAUGAGGGCUCAGGACCAGCAGCGUCCGGCCGGAAGGGGAGGAGGGGGCGGUCCACGGAGGAGGAGGAGGCCGCCCCGGGGACGAGGGACGCCUGGGUCGUGGUGAGGCUGCGUGGGCUCAGGAUGAAGCUGAAGAGGCAGCGCGUGUCUCCAGAGCUACCCCAGCGCCACGAGGCCUUCGCCAGGCUGCUCGAGGACCCCGUCAUCCAGCGGUUCCUGGCCUGGGACAGCGACCUGAGGGUCUCCGACAAGUACCUCCUGGCCAUGGUGGUGGCGUACUUGGGCCGCGCCGGCCUCUUCUCCUGGCAGUACCAGCGCGUCCACUUCUUCCUGGCCCUCUACCUGGCCAGCGACAUGGAGGAGGACAGCCACUCCCCAAAGCAGGCCAUCCUGUCCUUUCUCUACGGGAGGAGCUGCUCCCGGCACCCCUUGUUCCACAAACUGCGGUUCCAGCUCUUCCGCUCCAUGGGCUGGAGGGCCAGGGUCACGCGGGAAGAGUGUGAGCAGAUCCAGGCUUUCCACCCCCAGCUCUGGGUGUGGGGGCAGGACCGCGCCCUCCGGCCUGAGACCCCCAAGCCUCAGAUCGCUGAGCCCAGGGGGGACUCCAGUUUCCAGCAGGGAGUCCAUGCAGACGCUAAUGACAGACACGAGGAAGGGGACGAGGACCUCUGGCGCAGAUCGUCUCACAGAACCCAGAAUGUUCUGGAAGGAGCUGGAUAG